AUGAAUAAUGAAGGGGUUUUUAUUAAAAAAGAAGAGUCUAUAAAAGGAGAUAUUGAUAUAGAUUAUGAAGGUUAUGAAGAUGACUCAGGAGAUUUAGAUAUGUCAAGAAUGAGAAGUAAAGUAUGGCUUGUUAAAGUUCCAAAAUUUCUUUUGGAUAGAUGGGAGCUAAUUAAGGAGGAUGGAGUUGAUCUUGGUGUUAUCCGUAUUGAGAAUAACAAAUUGGAUAAUAUUAAGCUCAUAAUACCUAAUAUUGAGGGGAAUAAGGAUUUACCUUUGGAAUAUAAUGUGUUUGUGAUGAAUCGACAUACACGUAAUACGUAUGUUUUUGCAGAAAAAGAUUUGAAAUCAGUGCAAAAUACAUCAGAUCAGACAUUUUUAUCGGAAAGAUAUUCUGAAAAAUAUCAUAAUCCGUGUAAAUCUUUACAAAAGCAUAUUGCACUUGUUGGGACAAUUGCUCAUGAAUGUAAUAUAUCACCUAUUAUUAAUGAACAGUAUCGGAAAGUUAUGCAGACACGAUCCAGGAUUGCUUCUCAGCCUAAACGGAAAAUACAAAUGCUUAAUAAUUAUAAUGCUCUUACAGGGAAUUUUAUGACUUUAGGAAUACCUGAAACAAAUACGCUUCGAUUUAGCAAUUUCAUUAAAAAUACCAAAAAAAAUUCUCAAGAUCAAAAAGCAUCUCGAUUGCCACGUAAUGAACUUCUUGAUAUAUUAUUCAAAUGUUUUGAUGAUUACGACUAUUAUUCAAUGAAGACUUUGAAAGAAAUUACGAAACAACCUGAAACAUAUCUUAAAGAGGUUCUGGAAUCAAUAGCGGUAUUACUUAAAAAAGGACCGUAUAUUAUGAAAUGGACACUUAAAACUGAGUUUAAAAAUAAAAACCAUAUGGCUAUAAAUGAAAUAAAACAAUCUAACCCUAAUAAAUCCACAUCUACUUUACAUAAUUCUUAUUUGACUCAUGAAGGCGUUAGCAAUAAUGAGGGAACAGAUAGUAAUGAUAAAAUAAUGCAAGAUGCUUUAUGA